AUGAUCUGGAUAGCACGGUCAAUAGUGCUAGCAGGCGUGGACUUCACACUUGGCUGGUGGCAGUGCAACAGGACACAUUCUAAACGUUUGAGAUUAGCUACCACAGGAAAAGUCCAUGAAAGCAUACACAAUGAUGAUCUACAGUCCGACAGUAAGGUGACAGAGCCUGGUACCAUAUGUGAGGUUUGCUUCAUAGGUGCGGGAUAUGUGGGCGCGCUGACAGCGAUCGUGCUCGCCUCCAAAAACCCGAACAGAUGCUUCACUGUUGUUAAUAAGGACGACGGCUUAAUUGCAGCCUGGGACUCGGAUCAGCUGCCGAUCUUCGAGCCAGGACUGGAAGAUGUAUUAUUCGUCGAUGGGGUUCAUCAUGAACGACAAACUAGCGAAGCGCCGCAACGCAGAAGGCUUCAGAAUAUUCGAUUUUCGACAGCGAUGGACAAAUGGAUAGCAGCAGCGGAUAUCAUUUUUGUCUGCGUUGACACCCCUUUGAGUGAGACUUUGGAUCCCAGUAGCGGAGCUGUAGGCUUGAACCACAAGAAUGUUAAGGCGGCCAUUCGAAGGAUUGCGGAAUUGUCCACCGGCUGCCAAAUCGUGGUGCUAAAAAGCACAGUGCCAUGCGGCACCGUGGGGGAAAUUGAGAAAGUAUUUGAAUCCGAGGCCACCCCAGCUGCAUCUUUAGAUAUUCUAUCCUGUCCAGAAUUCCUUGCGCAAGGCUCCACCAUCCGGGACCUCCUCCUUCCGAAUCGGUUGGUUAUCGGCCACAUCCCCAGGUCGGCGGAAGCGGUUGGAGCGCUCAAGACUCUAUAUGAAUGGGUAUCGGCGGAACGUAUUAUCAUUAUGGAUGCGUGGUCAUCGGAGCUCGCAAAGAUCGCGAGUAAUGCGUUUAUUGGGCAGCGAAUUAGCAGCAUCAACUCUUUGAGUACAUUGGCUGUGAUCCAUUUGAAUGAUUGGCAAAACCGUCGAAUCCUAACCCGUCCAACGUCGCAUCUCACCCGUGGUCUAGGGCUGCAAGGCCGACGGGCAGUGGCCAUCCUAGGACUGACAUUCAAGAAGAACACUCUCGACACUCGGAACUCCACUGCAAUCGGUUUAAUCCAAGGCCUUAUCCAACAUGGUGCAGAGCCCCGUUUGUAUGAGCCGCACUUGCAAUAUUCACAGAUCGAGAGCGUUAUAGGCCCCAUGGCGUCCAGAAUCGUUGUUUCCAGUAUUGAAGCCGCCCGUGACGGAUGCCAUGCCCUAGUCAUCCAUACCAACUGGGAUACCUUCAAGCACAAUGGAGACUAUUGGGGCCGUAUUAGCAGACUUAUGGGACCACCCAAGGUGCUACUCGACCCCUGGGGCAUCACUGAACUUUGGCAAUAUGGAGCAGUACGGGUCUAA